AUGAAGCCGUCUAGAGUGAAGAAGCUCCGCCCGGAGAAAAAAAAAGUUUGUGAGGGAGAUGCUAUUGCUGUACCAAAUGAAGACUAUAUCGUAGGGCAAGUGGCCAGCAGUCUGUGUCAGAAAAGCCCUGCAGUAUGCAGCACAGAUACCUUGGUACGACUUUUCAGUGCUCCAGGGUCGGAAAAGCAACCAGUGUAUGUUGCUGUACCAAGAGAAACUAAGAAGCGCAAGCAUACAGAAGAAGAAAUUGCCACAGAAAUGCAGAACUCUAUUGAAAGAGCGCCUUUGAAAAACAUGAAGAAAGCUAAAAAGAAAGUACUAUCUCCAGCAGAGGCAAGAUUAGCUAGCAGGGAGUAUGCGUUGGAUAAAACAGAUGAAGAUGAGAUGGAAAAAGAGAGACAAAUCAAACAAAAGUUGGCUGCUAAGCAUCUCUCAGCUUCAGAUGCUGAUGCUGGAAUAAAACAAAAGAAAAUGCAAAUCAACGUGGCUAAGGAAAUGCUAAAGAAUAAGAGGACCAUCUUUGUGGGGAAUUUACCUGUUGGUUGUACAGCACAGAUGCUGAAGGUGUUUUUCAAAGAAUAUGGACAAAUUGAAUCAGUUCGCUUCCGCUGUUUGAUUCCAGCAGAGGACACGUUAUCCAAAAAAUUGGCAGCCAUAAAGCAAAAGGUGCAUCCUAAUAGGAAGUAUGUGAAUGCUUAUGUUGUCUUCAAAGAAGAAUGUGCAGCUGUUAAUGCCUUAAGACGUAAUGGAACAGAAUUUGCUAAUGGAUUCCACAUCAGAGUUGACCUUGCUUCACAAUCCACUUCUCAUGAUAAUAAGAGGUCUAUAUUUGUGGGAAAUCUCCCUUAUGACAUUGAUGAUGAUACUAUGAGAGACCAUUUCUCUGAGUGUGGAACUGUGAUGGGUGUGCGCAUUGUGAGAGACCGAAACACUGGCAUUGGCAAAGGAUUUGGCUAUGUUCUGUUUGAGGGUACAGAUGCUGUACACCUUGCUCUGAAGCUAAACAACUCUGAGCUAAAAGGAAGAAAACUCAGAGUGAAGCGCUGUAUGGAAAGAGAAAAAGCGCAACAGAAAAGCUCAGAAAAGAAUGUAAAGAAUUUGGUCAGCUUUAAAAAUAAAAAAGCUGCCUCAAUGAACAAUGCAAAACGGUAUUCCAGUGAUACCUUCGUUGGUGAAAAAGCAGAUCCAGUGAAAAAGAGCAAAAAACCAAGAUCAACUAACACUGCAAAGAAAAAAUUUAAAAAGCACAAAUGA